AUGAUGUCUGAAGAAGCACAACAGAAAGUGUUCAGUGAGGACUUUGAGUCUGAGGAAGGGGACCUUGAAUCUUACUUAGAGGAAGAGAGCAGCAGUGAGCUUCUUGAGAGAGUGAGAGAACUAGAGGCUGAGAACUCUGCUCUUUCUCUGGCAAAUGAGAGUCAAAGAGAAGCCUAUGAAAGAUGCUUGGAUGAGGUGGCCAACCAUGUUGUCCAGGCUUUGCUCAACCAGAAGGAUCUUCGAGAGGAAUGCAUUAAGUUGAAGAUGCGUGUAUUUGACUUGGAGAGACAGAACCGAACUCUGUGUGAACUACUCCAAGAGAAACUCCACAGUCAAUCAUGUGUCCACCUGCAGUCUGGACCCUGCUUGGAACAUAUUGUCGAACUUCAAUACAGUGAUGCUAACAAGCUGCUAGAGACCCAGAAGAGUGCACAAAUCAAGGGUAAUGGAGAAUGCACACAAAAUUGUUUACCUGAUGCUCAAGCCUCUGCCACAUCUAUAGAGGCUCUGUCUCCAUUCAUGAAGAAGAAAGCACAUAUACUAGAAGUCCUCCGCAAGCUGGAAGAGACUGAUCCUCUGAUGUUCCACCAUUCUCACCCCUCACUGUGUGAUUAUAGUCAGGUCCUGAUGUCUAAAGAAGCCGUGUUAACCUGCAGGGACAGCUCAUCACGAUCUAGUGUCCCCAAGAUUUACUCCUGUCCCAGUUCUUGUUCAGAAUCCUGCACACAUCAGCAUGUGAACAGCGGAAGGAAUAAUGGUUUCAAGUGUGGGAGCUGUUGCACAUGUCUAAUGUUAUCCAACAAGGAUCCAAUAGAUUUCGCCAAAAAUAGCCACAACUGUUGCACUUCAAACCCCUUAACCAUCGAUAACCUCAACUUGGCUCGGCCAGAUAAUCAAGAGAACACAGAGUUGCAGGGCCUUGUCAAGCCUGCUCAUGGUGCUGAUGAGCCCCUCAUAAACAGGAAGUCAAGUGAAGCAUCCACCCUCCCAGGGGAGAACAGGCAUGAUCUAUCCAAGGAUCCCCAGGCAUCAGUGGCUCCAGAUACUUAUCUUCACCUGUCUGUUGCAGACGGAGAUAAGAACCGAAGUUCUGAAUGUACUCACGCUGAUUCUCAGUCCCUUAAAGACGUGGAAAUUACAGAUAAAAAUAGAAUGGCAGAUAGUGUUUUGCUGGAUUCCCAAUUGCCCAAGGAGCUGACUGGCAACAUCUGUGAGGAAGGGGUUAGUAAUGAGCACUUAGAAAUUACAGCUAAUGUUGUUCAGCUGGAAAAGGACCUAAGGCACAUAAACCCAGUGGUGCCCCAGAGCAUUGAGAAAGUCAUAAGAGAUGAUGAAUGCUUGCUUAAAAUAGACACUGAGAGGGAUCACAGAGUGUUCUCUAGGGCUUCAAAGCUGCCAACUCUUGGACUGAAAGAAAACUUCCAGGCAGCAUACUGUGACUUAAACAGUGGUGAACCCACUCACAAAGGGCUUUUAUUCUCCCCCAGUGAGAAUCACACUGCUUCAGAAGUCCUGGAUGAUAUCUCUGUCCCUAUGAAAGACAACACUCCACAGGAUUUAGCAAGAGCAAAGAUUGCCGUUAGCCCCAACCCUGUGUCAUGCCUUAGUGAGGUCAAGGCCUCCCCCUCAAAGCUUCUCAAGUUUCUCAAGAUACCUGCACUUGGGGAACGGGCACAGACAACUAAUCCUGUCCACCUUAGUCCACAGUUAACGCGUAACUCAAAGAUUCCUUGUCGGAGUAACAAUUAUGAGAUCCACCACUCACCAGUUGCAGCUCGUAAAGCCACUACAACAGAGAGGCUGAAGCAGCCACCAUCCUCUAAAUCUGAGACUUACCCCUCUGCACACUCUGCGCCAACUUCUCCACCACAACCCGAUGAUCCUCCUACACCACUUAUAAAAGAACUUGUAUACAGUAUACCUAAAGCUGGUCGAGGAGCCAAAGUUGUUCAAACCUCUAAUGCACUGAAGAAUACCCAGAAAGUUCCAAACUAUGAGAAUGUCUCAAACCUCCUCAACCCCUGUGGCGUUGAGGUAUCUCAGUUACUUGAACAGGUGAGCUCGUCUAUCCAUUACACUAGUUCAAACAGAGAAGAGAUGAAAGAGAAGCAAGGAAACUUUAUGGUUGAGAGUCUGUCAGAUAUCAAUCAGAAGGUCCCUUCACUUUCCUCUGAUGCAUCAGAUCAAGAUGAGAAACCUGACAGUCCUGUAUGGCUGCAACAAGUUAAUUACAGCGAUCUACCUAAUAAAUCCUCCUCAAACAAGACUCUAUCUAACAUUGGGAACAUCAUGAGAGGCAGAGACCAAGAAAAAGAUGAGACUGAUAAAGAUGACACUACACAGAGCUCAGAAUCUGUUGAUGCUGCUAAAAGGAAUGAUCCACCACCUAUUCCCAAGAAAACAGGUGUGGGACGACACUCAGGAGAAUCCAGUCACUCAUUCAAAGAGAGGCUUGCAGCACUUGGCAAGUUAAGAAGCACCGAAGAGUCAUCAGUUUCCUCACAGUCUUUGAACAAGCCAGAGGGCCAGCCUCAGCUAAGUGUAGUAUCACCAGCACGUGAAAGAAGUGAAACAGCUGAAAUAAAUCCUGAUUGCAUUUCAGGAGCACAUAGACACUCUAAUAACACAGAUUCUCUUGAUGGAAGCUCUAUGGCUAAGCAUCCUGGUUCCUUGCAGUCCCAUGAGCAAGAGGUCAAACUUAUUCCAUCCAACAUCACAAUCUCUAAAGCAGAACCAGAUACACCAUCAUCUAGAAUAUUCUUUGGGAAGCCAGAAAGUCCUAAAUCCAAGACAGCUACACUAGCCGCCAACGUGGAGGUAUCGCAAGGUUCACGAAGCUAUGUCAAAUCCACAACAUCUCAAAACCUUUCAUAUAAUGGGAAAAUAUUAUUUAGUCCCCAAAGUGCCAGCCCCAACAAAUACCCUCUUAAAUCACCCACAAAAACAAUUCAGCCGUCCAUAAACCGAGAUGGGAAACCCACGCAAGAGUUCCAAAAGUAUUUGUCUAAAUCCGAGGACAGGAGUCAGCUUAGAGCAAAUAAGAAGAAAAUUGCUUCAUUUGCAGAAAGUCUCCCUCAGCCGUCACCAAAGCCUACUGAUAUAAUUGAGGAUAAGAGGCACUCUGCCUCUAGCCCCCAGUCAGCCAUUGAGCAGAAAGUUAUGAAAGGUAUUGAAGAAAAUGUACUUAAACUGCAAGAGCAAGACAAGGGGCAAGGUUCUGAGGUUAAACAGAAAACCUCCAAUGGUAUUGCAAACUGGUUUGGACUGCGUAAAAGCAAGUUGCCAGCACUUAGUCGGAAACCAGAGUCGUCAAAAGUCAAUGACAAGAAAGAAUGGAAGUUGAAUAUAUCUUCUGCUGGCAAGGAUGCUAAGGUGGGAACCAAGACUAAGUCAGAGGGGCAAAGCUUGAACAUUUCCAUGCUGAUGGAGAAAGCAGAAGACCUGCACAAGGCCCUAGAGGAAGAACGAGCAUAUGUGAAUGGCAUUGGCUUAGACAGACAAGGAAAAGGCCAUUCGUGUGAGGUGGUUAUGGAUCAGUCUCAAGGACACCUGUCUGUCAUGUACAGAGGAGUGCCAUCAGACAACUUUAUGCAACAACUACUUAACCGGGUUGACGGUAAAGACAACGGGAACAAUGGUAUGGCACAUCGACGCCUCUCAUUUGAUUGCAAAUCUAGGCCUAUGUUCAGCCAGAACAACAGCAUCGUUAACCAGACCAGUAGCACUGGGGACAUAGGAAAGACAUCGAAUUUGGUGAGCAAAGGUGAAGUCAUGUCGGAUGAGAACUUGCCGGAGUCCAUUCAUCAUCAGCAUUUUGGAGGCUCUGCCAUUUCGACACACACCCUUGACAGUGGCAUUGGCACUUUCCCUCUCCCUGACUACAGCGCUAAUGCUACCAGCAAGAGUAUCCCCAAAAUAAAAGCACAGAGUGACCAUGACUCCUCUGCUUCCAAGGGAAAACAUGGCUCAGGAACGAGGAAUCCACAGAAAGCAAAGACCUUGGAAAAGGAGCUCUCUUCUCUAGAGGAAGGAUAUAUUUUGGGACCUGAAGAGAAUUCCUCAGAUCUCAACAAGGAUGUGAUGGAAAGGGAAAGCUCAACUAACCAGAUUACCAACCUCAUUCAUGAAGGUAUUCUUUGAAACAAUUGUUAUUCUUCUUCUGCGACAUAUGCCGAUGCAGCUCCCACAAAGAACUGGACUUUCCCCAAAGGUGAGCGAUCAGAGACAUACCUGGGGCUCCGAGAGGGAGUGGAUCCGGUCAGCCAUAGGACUUCAUUUCGAAAGACUGGUGAUCCAUCUGUUGGUCUCGAGGGUGAUCUGAAAAGCCUCUGUCAGCCCGCCAAUGCUGGCAGAGGGAAGGGUCGCUCCCCUGCGAACCGAGACAUGGGAGCAGAGACGGUUAAGGAAAGGCCUGAUGAUGCUCUUUCCCCAAGUCAGCCCCAGAUCCUAGAGACUCCUGAGUCCCUCAGUGACUCCUUAUAUGACAGUCUCUCCUCCUGCGGGAGUCAAGGCUGA